AUGACGUACUCAUCAUCCGAUAGAAACCUUCCGAUGGGUACGGGACAAACCGUACAAACCGGUAUUUUGCGGUGGAAUGUUUGUAAGGUUGCCGUUCUCGACAGAAUUGUGAAGGCGAUGGGUGAAAAGUAUAAGGAGCGAUUGUUGCAGUUAGAAAAAGUUUUAUUGUUAGAAAACGCUGAAAUAGAUCUGGGUGAAUUGAGACUCUGCUGCAGUUUUGGUGUUCCUGAUUCCUUGCGACCGCUCUGUUGGCGUCUACUUCUUGGUUAUCUACCUAUAGAACGGCAGCAGUGGUCUGUCUACCUUAGAAAGCACCGUGAAAUUUAUAACAGUCUUGUUGAAGAUGUAAUUGUUCAUCCUGGCCAGUUAUCUAUAGCGCCAGAUCACGAAACUACCGAAGAUCAUCCUUUAAAUCUCAAUCCAAGCAGUGAAUGGAAUAAUUAUUUCAAGGACAAUGAAGUUCUGGCCCAAAUAGAUAAAGAUGUUAGACGGCUUUGCCCAGAAAUCGAUUUUUUCCAACGAAUUACUUCUUAUCCGCAUAGAUCAGCAGCAAAAAUCAAUUUAUCACGUCGUAUUCAACAAGAGAACCUUUAUUCUGAAGUUCCACCAAGUAGUCAUUUCAGUGCAGGGAAUUUUAUUGCUUCACCGACUAAAACAGCCAGCAAAGAAUAUUCCAAUGUGGUUGACGAAAAUGUUGAAUACCAUUGGCAGGUGGUUGAAAGAGUAUUAUUCAUGUACAGUAAACUUAAUCCAGGAGUUAAAUAUGUGCAGGGGAUGAAUGAAAUUAUGGGCCCGUUGUAUUAUGUAUUUGCAAAUGAUGCAGAUAGCGAAUGGGCAGAAGCAGCUGAAGCGGAUACAUAUUAUUGUUUUCAAUUGCUGAUGAGCGAAAUUAAAGACAAUUUUAUUAAAACUUUGGACAGUUCCAACUGUGGCAUUGAGUCACUUCUGACGGAAUUUAAUGAAAGACUGAAGAAUUGUGACCCUGAUUUGCAUAAUCAUCUGGUCGAUGUGGGCAUCAAACCGCAAUUUUAUGCAUUCCGGUGGCUUUCUUUACUUUUGUCACAGGAAUUCUCCCUACCAGGCAAAUAUGUCAUUAAUAUAUGGGAUUCGUUGUUUUCUUCACCUGAUCGUUUGCGAUUUCUCCACUGGAUAUGUUUAGCGAUGAUGGAAAAAGUCCGUGUCCCAUUGCUUGAAGGAGAUUUUACAGCAUGUUUGGAAAUGCUACAAAUUCUGACUGGAGAUUGGUGUGUACGUAUAUUUGUGUGUAUUGAUAUAUAUGUGAAUGAAAGCCAAACUUAUGCUUUAGAAGCAGGACGCUCUUCAGAGGGAAGCAGUAGUACAACUCCAGCUUCGGUGAACAGUCAAAACAACCCAACACAGGGUGUUGCGACGCCACAACAAAAAACUGUCGGACGGGUCCAGGGUUCCACACCAUCCGGUUCCAUUUCAAACCCAGUAACUACGCAGAGUGUGGCACCUCAAUUUGCUGUUGCUACACCGCACAAUGUGACACACAAUGCUAAUCCAGAGGUGCUCUCCGUUUUCGAAUGCCCAGUUUGCAUGGAUUACAUGAUGCCACCUUAUCUACAAUGUCAGAGUGGUCACCUUGUAUGUGGCAAUUGCCGUCCCAAACUAACAUGCUGCCCUACCUGCAGGGGCCCAGUUCCAAGUGUUCGAAAUUUGGUACUGGAAAAGAUUGCCAAUACCGUUAUGUUUCCUUGCAAAUUUGCUGGUUCAGGUUGUCCUCUUACAUUUUCACACGUUGAAAAAGUGGAACACGAGGAACUUUGUGAGUUUCGCCCAUAUUGUUGCCCGUGUCCCGGUGCAUCGUGCAAGUGGCAGGGAAGUCUCUCGGAAGUUAUGGGACAUCUCAUGAAAGUUCACAAAUCUAUUACCACUCUACAAGGUGAAGACAUCGUCUUUUUGGCUACUGACAUCAACCUACCUGGUGCUGUAGACUGGGUAAUGAUGCAGUCUUGCUUCGGUUAUCACUUUAUGCUCGUGCUAGAAAAACAAGAGAAGUUCCAGGAUGGCAAUCAGAUGUUCUAUGCUGUUGUGCAACUGAUUGGUGCUAAGAAAGAAUCCGAGAAUUUCAUGUAUCGGCUUGAAUUAGCGACACAUCGGCGUCGUUUUAGCUGGGAAGCAUCUCCGCGUAGCAUACAUGAAGGUGUGUCACACGCAAUAUCUUUGUCAGAUUGUAUGGCGUUCGAUAGCCAGACAGCCCAGUUGUUUGCCGAAAAUGGCAAUCUGGGUAUCAAUGUAACGAUAUCUAUGGUUUGA